GAGCUCCGGUUCGACAUGGGCUGUAUCGGGUUGCUACAACAACAAAAAAAACUGAAGAGUUUUCAAGAAAAUAUCUGUGUAGAACAUCAAAAAAUCAGGAAUGAAUGUCCGUGCCCUGCGCCCUAUGCCUUACACUGUGUGGCGUCGAAAGAUGAGAGAAAACAGGCUUGGCUUGCGGCUUUGAAAUUAAAAAAUCCUCCGAAAAGAGUUUACGUGUGUUCGUUUCAUUUCGUCGAUAAAAAGCCCACAGAGCUGCAUCCGGAUCCCGAGCUCUACCUGGGUCAUAACUGCCCUCUUCAAGGCAGACGGAAACAACUUCAGGAAACUGACGGACUUGGUGAGAAGAUGUCAGAAGACGCAGUGCGUCAGACACGUAGUCAAAAGCGGGCGCUGGAGCGAGAUGCCCCUGCUUCGGAGGCCGACUUGAAGAGGGUCAAGCUGGAGAGAGGAAUGCUGGGAGCUGUAGAUGGACUGAAGACCAGAAGCGAACAGGCCAACAAGGUGGCUAACAUCCUGCGGGCCGGGGAGGUGAAGGCCACCAUCAAGGUGGAGGUGCAGACCAGCGACGAGCCUGUGGACAUGAGCACAUCUAAGAGUGACAUAAAGAAAGAGCGACCUCCAACGCCAGAUGAUGUCAUUGUUCUGUCGGACAAUGAGCCCUCUAGUCCUUGUAUGAAUGGGGUCAGCUACAGUUUUAAGAAGACGGAUACUGAGAUGCUUAUGAAGAGCAGCCCGGCUGAACGUGAGCGCAUCAUCAGACAGCUGCAGGAAGAACUGCGUCUACAGGAGGCCAAACUCGUCCUGCUGAAGAAACUCCGACAGAGUCAGACCCAAAAAGAUGUUGUGCAAAAGUCAACCAAUUCUGUGGCUGCUCCGCCACCUCUCGUCAGGGGCAGCAUCUCGUCCACUAAAGGACCCCUACAGGUCUCCAACCGAAACUCAGGGACAGUCAUUCCUCCUCCUCUGGUUCGAGGUGGAGCGCAGGUCUCCAAGCACGGCUCCCAUAAUACCGUAGUCAUGCCACCCUUAGUCAGAGGCUCCCAGCCCAUCACUGUGACCCCGCAGCAGAUUGCGACCCUACGGCAGCAGCAACAACACUCGGGGACUGGUCCCCCUCCUCUGCUGCUGGGCGCACGCACCUCUGUACAGGUGCAGGGCCAGAGGAUCAUUCAGCAGGGCCUGAUCCGUGUGGCCAAUGUAGCCACUGCAAACGUUCUGAUCUCACAGGCCUCUUCCAUCGGUUUGAAGAGCUCUCAGUCUGGUCUGGGCAGCAGCACCUCUGUCAGCGCCAAUGAGUCUCCUGCCAGCCGACGGGCCGCCGCCAAGCUUGCAUUACGGAAACAGCUGGAGAAAACCCUCCUUGAGAUACCACCACCUAAACCUCCAGCACCAGAGCUCAAUUUCCUGCCCUCGGCAGCUAAUAAUGAGUUCAUCUACCUGGUGGGGCUGGAAAUGGUGGUCCAGAACCUGCUAGAUACACUGGCUAAAAGUAAGCAUCCACAGACAGAGUCUGCAUCUACCCCGGCACCCAAGGAGCCCUUCACUUGCGCCCAGUGCCAGACGGACUUCACCUCUCGCUGGAGGCAGGAGAAGAGCAGUGGCUCCAUCCUCUGUGAGCAGUGCAUGAGCUCCAACCAGAAGAAGGCCCUGAAGGCUGAGCACACCAGCCGCCUGAAGGCCGCCUUCGUCAAAGCCCUGCAGCAGGAGCAAGAGAUUGAGCAGCGCAUCCUGCAGCAGGCUGCCUCGCCUGUCUCCAAGACCACCACCACCUCAUCUUCUUCCUCCUCAUCCUCGCCGGUGAUUAAAUCCGAUCACGUGCUGGUGUCGCCACAGUAUAAGCAGGUGAGCACGUCGCUGACUCAGCAGACCAACAGGGGAACGUCGGUCGGUCGAUACCACACCACCACCAUCAAGCAGACUCCAGGCCAGCUGUCCCGUAGCGUACAGCAGGCAGUGAGUGCGGGCGCACGCAGGGUGAGCCACAGCUUCUCCACUUCCUCCCAGCUCCAGAACGCCGUCAAGGCCGCUGCGCUGGUCAGCAGGCCAGGUAAGCAUGUCGUGAGGGCAGGGGAAAAGGGCACCAGCAGCAGAAACCCCACCACCAAUACCUGGAGGAAACAGAACAGCGGCACCGCAGGUGUCACCAUGGCUUAUGUCAACCCCAGUCUGUCUGUGCACAGGACAACAUCUCCGGUGGACCGUCAGCGAGAGUACCUCUUGGACAUGAUCCCUUCCCGCUCCAUUUCCCAAACAGCAAACACAUGGAAAUGAUGCCCUGAUUAAAUCACUCUCAAAUUUCUCAGAAUUAUAAUCCUGCCUUUUUGGACAUUCGGUCGGUUAUCAGUAUCAGACAACCAGCCGUUAAGCAAUAAUAAAAAUUUAAAAAUUAUUAUAUUUUCUCUCUAUUUCUCCUUUGUUCCGAGACCCUUAGUUGUACAGUCUAAGGUAAGACCCCAUAGGCCAACAAGUGUCCUAGAGGAGAACUGUACCGGGAUCAGUGAUCAAGGAGACCAAGGACCUUUUCUACAGGCCUUUGUAUCUAUCUACUGAAUCCCUAGAUUACCCAAUGGGCUUUAGUGGUCUAAUAGACAUCACCCACAACUCCCAAUUCACGGCCCUCCAGGUGGAGUAAUUGCUCCAUUAACGUUUCUAGAGGCUCAUGGACACUUUUUCCCACACGAAGUGGAGGACGCGAGACCGUAGAGUUCCUGCGUGAUGCCAGGGAUUGUUUUACGACCUUUUUGUGGACCAUCUACACAGCUUUAGCUACGUUUUCCGACCCACAGCAUCUCUUGAACAGAUAUGGGGAGAGUAUGUUUGUGUAUUUGAUGUCAAUACAUUGCUUUUUUUGUUUUUUUAGCUUCACUGUGGACUCAUUCCACCCUUUUCAAAAUGGCCUUUUUUUAAAGGCUAGAAGUUUAAGGAAUUAUACUGUUGAGGUGGUUAUACAUCUGCUGGUGUAGUGUGCAUUUUUGAAUACUUUGGGUUUUCUUUUUUUCUUUGUAAGCUUAUAAAAGACAUUUAUCCAAGAAUUGUGCAUCAGGGAUGGUUACAGAGAUGGACGUAACUAACAAAAAGCAGCAGUUGUAACAGGACUACUACUAGACCUUCAUGUUUGAGCGAUUUUUUUUUUUUAUCAGAUGAGCCUGACGGUAGGUUUUUUUUUU